UUACAGGUGACAGCAGGGCCUACCUGUCAAAUAGGCUGCCAUCCAGGAAGAGGGCGUGUUUGAGAUGACACACCGGGGGAAUGCUGCGCUGCUCAGAUCCGACGCCCAUUAAAGAAACCCCAAACUCACAGCGCAGGUGAGUCAGCCUUGCUUGUUCAUUGAUUUAAAUUCGGCAAACGUAGCCAAGACAAGAGUUACUAAGGCGACCCGGAGAGCAGCCUUGUGUUCAGGCUGCCGACACUUUAUCCAUCAGCAAGGAAUUACAAAACAGCGCGCACAAAGACAGCUCACAGCUCCGGGUUCAGCAUGAGGGUGGUGCUGGUGCUACCUGUGGCCAUAAUGACGUCUGUCGCCUUGGUGGGGGUCCUGAAAUUACGCAAAAGGGAGACGGACAAAGAGGACAGACGGAGCAAGUUUCAGGAUAUCAAGCUGCGGGUGACCCACGAUGUACUGCUGGAGUAUGAGAGCGAGAAGACAGAGACACAAAAGCUUCUGGAGGAAACCCAGAAAGAGAGUGAAGCCCUGCUGCAGGAGGUGAACAAGCUCCAAACCCAAGUAGACAAGACGAAGGGCGACAAAGACGUCUGCAAGGGAGCACAGAAAUCUGCAAGUGAUGAGGUGGCAGCUCUGGAGGCAGACCUCAGUCGUCUUCAAACUGAAUUUGAAAAGGAGAAGACCAGUUGGACAACAGAAGUGGAUACACUGAAAGAGCAAUUCGAAACUAAGAGCGCCGUGUGUGGCUUCUUGCAAGCUGGAUCGCCAAAAGAAGCAUACGAUCUGUGUGGACUUGAAGAGCCAGUAGUUUCGGAGGGCUCUAAAGAAGGAGAAGCAAAGGAGGGGGCACCUAAAGGAGGAGAAGCAAAAGCAGAGGCCCCCAAAGAAGGAGAGGCAAAAGCAGAGGCCCCCAAAGAAGGAGAGGCAAAAGCAGAGGCCCCCAAAGAAGGAGAGGCAAAAGCAGAGGCCCCUAAAGAAGGAGAAGCAAAAGCAGAGGCCCCUAAAGAAGAAGAAGCAAAAAAAGAGGUCCCUAAAGAAGGAGAAGCAAAAAAAGAGCCUCUCUAAAGAAGAAGCAAAAGCAGAGGCCCCGAAGAAAGAAGAUGCAAAAGAAGAGGCCCCAAAAAAAGAAGAAGCUAAAGCAGAGGCCCCGAAGAUGCGAUGAGGUAUCAGAACUUGUUUUCACCCUACACACUUAAUGUGUUCAAAAAAACAAACAAAACAAAAACAGUUUUUGAUACUUAGCAACCCGAUUCCAGCACGUUGGUUUACUGGGUCCAUGUCACAUGUGGUCUCUUCACAGGGAGGAGCCUCGAGUACUUACUUAGUUCUACUUACUUCUACUAAGUAGGAACUAUUCGGUUCCCAUAUCCCAAUGACAUAAUAAGUGUUUCAUCUGUUAUUAGUUUUCAUGCAACAAAAUGAAGAAUGAGGUUACAUUUUGAUGUUAGCAUUUGUAUUUGUUUUCUGUGUGAUGGUGCGAGAUGCUUUUGUAAUAAACAGAUUGUGUCAUAAUGCAAAUAUUUUCUGCCAACCAGGGUCAAGGGUCCACUCUCAUUUGCUGUAAGUGUACGACAACAUAAGAAAUCAUUGAUUAACCUAAAGAGUGAUGUCUUAAAAGCUUUACGGCGUCUCAUCUGCCACCUGCUCCACCUUGUGUUGUUUGUCGUUUAAUUUCUCUCUCACUGGCAACAAUGUUUGGCUGCCUUAAUUCGGUUUAUAUUUAUGGCACAAAGAAAAUAAAUACACAGCUGUGAACCAAAUAACCUUUUUUAAAAAAAAAAUAGGGGUUGUGUUUGUGCAGUUACUUGUCAAUAAUGUGAGUUUAACUUAAAUAAAAAAUAUGUUUUCCAAUAAAAUAAAUUGUCAUUGUUGACCUUUCAAAAUACCCAUGGUCAGCUAUAUUAUUCAUACAGGCAGUGAUGGAAAAGCAUCAAAAUCCUGUACUUAAGUAUAUGUAGAAAUAGGUAUGUCACAAAUUUAAAAAAAAACAUAAAUACACAACUAUUAUCAGCAAAAUGCACUCAAAGUAAAAAAUGUAAAGGCACCCGUGUACCCCAUCCUUUUAAUGCAUUAUGUUUUGGGAUCCAUAUACAAACAUCAAUAUAGCAGCAGACAUUUACUGUGUAAAUAUAUAGUGAAGUAAUGCUGUCCUUAGCAGAGAAUGAAGUCACACUUUGUCUCUUUGUGUUGUAACCUGAGCUUCUUUGUGUCUUUGUUGUGUUAGACAGUACAGCCGUGCAUAUACAGUAUGUUAGUGCACCGCCGCUCUACACUGCACUCAUACCAAGGGUUGGAUAAAUAACAGAUGUAGCUACUGUGACACCACCCAUUGGUUUAUGGACUCCUAUUUUGAAGCCUCAAGUUCGUUAUUUCAGCGGAUGCCAUCUUGGUAGACUAUGUUGAACACCUUGUAGAAAGCCUGUCAAUCGAGUUGUCCCUCCUUUAAAUAAUUUGUCAAUUUGAGCCUUAAUAAAAUGUAAAUGGGUGAGUUAUAUAAAAAUAUACCCCCUAUAAAGUUGUCAAGAAUGUUACAUUUAGCAAUCAGAUGUCAAAACCAUUUUUUGCACCAGGCUGCAAUGCUUUUUUUUUACUGAAAUUAUACAUACAAGACGCCUAAGCCAGCUUCCACAUGCAAAUGCGCACAGGCACGUCAGAAUCUGGAGUUCGCUUCCCGUGUGUGUGUGUGGUUAAUCCUAACCGUUGUGACAAUCCGCGCUGUUGUGUGAACAUAAGGACCGUGGCGCAUCAUCCCACAAUGUGCAUUUGUUGUCAUCACCGUAGCGGCAUCCCAGAACGUCAUAGGUUGUUGCAGCAAAGAUACCUAAAACAUCACAGGUUGACGCGGAAGGUCACUGAACGACCGUCACCAUGUGAUGAGUUCGAAGUGAGAACGUGUUGUACGAUUUCAUGUUACAAAAAAAAUGAUAGAUGAUUGAUGAUGUUUAUUUCUGCUGUAAAUUUGGGCAUAUUGAAAAGGCACUAAAUGGGGAUUUACUCAGUUUUGGCGUCAGCCUCAAGUGGCAUUUUCAUGAACUGCAGUUUUUUGAUAAAUUGUGCAUUUUACCUCACUGCAUUUAUUUGACCUUGCAGGUUUAUAUUAUUAACACAAAAUAUAAAGCCAACAAAUAAAUUUUCAUAUUUUAUUAAAGAUUAAACUACUCAGCAUUUCAGCACUAUGUAAAGUAAUUAAAAUUAGCUCCAUCAGCAACAUUGAAAUUCAGUUUCAAUUCAAAUUUAUUGAUAAAUCCCAAUAUCACAAAUCAUAAUUUGCUGCAGAGAGAUUUAUCACAUGAAAUCCCUCUGUCCUUGGACCCUUACAGUGGCUAAGGCAAAAACUCUCCCCAGAAAACCGUUCAAUGGGGAAAAACGUUAAACACCUCAGGAAAAGAAAAGCAACUGUGGAGGGAUUUACAUCGUAAUAUCAAUUUAAAGUGGGUCGUUCUGCAUCGUAUACAGCUAUUGUACUUUAUUUAUAUUUUGAUGUCAAUAUUUUUGUACUUUUACUUAAGUAUGAAUAUGUUUUAACACUGCUACUUUUAUUUAAGUAAAUAAUCGAAAUACUUUUUCCAUCACAAACAUCUCCGCAAAAAUAAUCUGUUACGUAUCAAGACAGUAAUAUUUACAGAGUUGUUAUGCAAUAUUCCUCUUGUGCAUCUGUAGUUUUGUAGAGAAACUCACAUUCACCAUAGUACUCAUCUGUGGGCCUUAAAAAAGUAAAUUGUACUUAAAGGAUUUAGCAACAUUUGUAAUUUGCAGAGGAAAAGGGUGCUACCUCAUUAUCUGUCACCAACAUAACCUUCCUAGACUUUUAUUUGCUGAACAAAAGGUAACCAAAUGGGAUUUUUAUGGAUCAUUCUGGAAAGGUUGUUUGUGAAGUAUUAAGUCUUUAAAUGAACACAUCACUACUGUGCAUAAACUUUGCAUUGUUCCCUGAGGACAGUGAUCAACACUAUCAGUAUGUCAGAAUGCUCCACACUCAACACAGUGUACACAAUAGUCAGGGUGUGGGGCUUAACAGACCUUGUGAAAUGCUUUUUCACUACCUAUAUCCUGGUUACACAGGUAAUGAUUAAUUUUUGCAAACUGUGCGUUACACACAAAGAAAGUGGAGAGAGAAAAGUCAAACACACAAAUAGUGUCUGUCACUUGAAGGACAGGUGAGUUUAAAAGAAUGUUGUCAUUCCUCCAUUUCACAACUACGUUGAUAGAUUCCUUUUUUUUCAUUUUCAACGUACAAGGUUGUUUUUUUGUCAUUGAUCUUAAACAUGCUUUAAGAAGAACUGAAAUUAAAGUUGACCCUGUAUCCUGCUACAUCUUUUUGGCGUUGAAGGAGGAGUUUCA